GGAGACUCACCAGUCCCUUGCUUCUCUCCGCCUCCUUGCGCUGUAUUCGCAAAUACUGUCGCUUGCCACACAGCCAGAACAUGGAGUGUUGCCAUCACACUGUAAAGUGGUCAGCGACUUCUAAUGUCUCAGACCACUCAUGGAGCGGCAUCACUGAUUUCUAGCCAACCUUCGACUUCUUUAUUUUACAACGAUCACAAGCCCGCCCUAUGCGCACACGAGAUUUCGACUGCUCGAAAGUCUCUGACCUUGGAGGCAUACGGACAUCCUGUCUCUCCUUGCGGUUUGGCAUUCCGAUCCCAACUACAACCACUCCAACGACUGUCUUUUUGGUGGCCGAGGUUGUUACUGAGAAAAAGAAUUGUCUUGCAGAUGUACACACUCUGUGUUGACCGCCCCCGGACGGGCAAGGCAGCCGGCCUGGAUCUCGGAUGACCCCCCACAAAGUCGCCGAUGGUGGUUCAUUCCUCAAUCAAGGGGCCCUCUCGUGUCUGGCGCAUGGACUAGAUUUUAUGCACUGGAGUCGUGUGGUUGUUCCCUUGUUCGCCUGGAUAUCCGGCAUGAAAAGCUGUCAAGGUGACAUUAGCCAGGUGUCGUCUUUUUCCGUACGAUCGGGGCAAAAUCAACAGCCUCCCGCCGACCAGGUCAAAGAGGCGAAUAUGGAGAUCUGGACAGGUCGAGUCCCGUGCGCUAUCCAGAAAGGUAUGCGCUAAAGGACAUGGUUUCAAGUGGGCUCGUCGCUGACCAGCAGAAUACACCAUGCGGACCCGAAGAAGUGGCGGUCUUACUUGAUCUUCUUGAUCAAACGCAUUUUUCCGAACACAAAACAAUGCACGACCUCGGUUGUUGACGACGGCUAUCGUUAAACCGGUGCAGAUUCUUGAUUACCAUGUUUCUUUUGACCAUCAAAGUACGCCCAAAAUUACAUACGGCCAUCUCCCCCGCGGAAACAAGGAAUUCGUCUCCCGGAGAUCACAUCCACGAGACUGGUGCAAAUUGAUGGGGCAACCCCCAUGCCACCAAUUCCUGUCACGCAUCGUACGGCCAGCAAUUCUUGCUGCCCAGGGCGAGCAAGGAGUGGCCCUGAGUGGUGCACAACUAAAUCCUGCGAUGUAUGGCUCUUGCCCAGAGCCCUUCCUUCAGCCGUGAUAUGGGUUCGAUUUUUUUUGACGGCGCCAUUUUUCAUGUACGGUCUCCUAUCAAGAUCGCAGCAGGUAACCAAUGACACUCCGGAGGCAUUGGUAGCCGUGCAGAGUCAAGCCUUUCCGGGACUGGUUGCUGCCUCUACGUUGAGCUCGUGGAUGGAAUUGCAGCGGAGGAAAGAUCCGGUUUCAACUUUGGGCAAAAAAGCCAUCUAUGGAUCAUCCAAUUAACAAAAUUCCUUCUGCUUUGCACGCCAAAUUACAACCGGUCGGUAAUUGAGUCCCACGGGAGAUACAACUCCAGCGGUUGUGGAUGGG